ACUUGAAAUUUAGAUUACACGUGACACAAAACACCGUAAGGAAAGGAUUCGCAGUGCCGUCUCAGGUCGGGUCCCUACAACUCUCCCUCUUCCCUUCACCGUGUCGUUACUGCAAGCUGGACGUCCAUCGUGGUCGUCAACCUCGAUCAUGCCGAAGGACUCCUCCAGACGGCCUCUUCCCGCCUCCUCCGUCGACUUCGCCUUGCCCCCAUCGAAUGUGGCAUCGACGUCGUCCCACACCCUGGAUGAAGCGGUAUUAAUGCAAAGAAUACGACGCCCAAGUAUACUAGCUCCAAAAGCCAACUUUCUAUCUGAAGCUCGUCUGUCGAGCCCGUUAGCUGCAUCCUUCACGCUGCAUUCCUCGUCGAGGCGCAGGGAUACCCACCGCGACUCACCGUCCGACAUGUCUGAUAGCAGUAAUGGAGCAAUGCGUACCGAUAGCUCAUCCUCUGCUAGCUCUGGAGAUACCACUCCUUCCAUCGGUAUAGAAGAUGAUGCCACCCAAGAAACCAAAAUUCCUCGCCCUGGCCUCUCGUCCCCUCGCAGGUUGUCUUCGUCAACAGCCGACGCUCAAGACUCGCGCCCUUAUCCACGACGCAGAUUAUCGUUUCCCCCGAAACAACCCCGUAUCAUGAACCUCCUCGCUGAAUCCCGCCCUGUCGAAAACGAAGUCAAGUCCGAGGCCGCCUUUCAACGAUUGGUGGCUUCCGGUGCCGAACUUCCUCUUCAGCCCCACACCCCUCGCACUGUAUCCGACCGAGGUCGUUAUCCUGAAGAAGCUGGUCAUGAUGAUUUCCAGAGGGAAGACACGCCCAGCGAUGACGAGGAUGGCCCCUUCGUCUACACUCCCUCUGGUCACAGCGAUCCAAUUAACAUUGUCAAUCACCGUAAGAAUGGUAGUGGGGACGACCUUGAUCUGUCUGAGAGCUCCAGUUUGAUGGACAUUGAUGCUCCUUCCUGUUCACCCAUGUCAACAUCAUCGAUGACACAAUGGAGGUACACGCCACCUCCCACGACAAGUGCUGUGAGGUCGGCGAAACGCAAAUUUGAUGAUCGUUUCGAUCCAUAUCCAGCCUCAAAGCGCCGAGCCGUUUCGCCUUCGAUCCCUCAUCUUCGUGACCCACAUUCCACGGUAGGCUCUCCUCGAGGCAGUAACAGGAUACCCAUCGCUAUUCCCAUAUCAAUACCGGGAUCAGCUGUCAACUCCGCUACAUCUUCCCCUACAAUAUCCGGAUCGUACCCUCGUUCUAUGAGCAUAACAUCUAGUCCCACAUUACGAGCAUCGAUGGGUUUGUCUAGUCCAAUUAUCAGACCUGUUCCUCGGACUCGGAGAUUUGACGGAGAGGACAAGGAAGUAGAUGGGGCGGGCGAAGCCGUCGGUGGUCUUAGUCUCGGAUGAAUUGCCUGACCUCUGGUAUGUAAGCACAUCGGCAUCUUGCAUUUUUCAUUCCUUCUGCAUGUAGUAUUUUGGAAUCCGCAACAACCUAUUUGUAUAGCAACGGCUAGUUACAUAUGUAUUAUCAACAGCACUCAUAUCCACUUCUACCUUAUAUGCUUGUAUCGUAGCGUAGUCUCUCAUCAUUGCAUUUUCCCUUCAGUGCUACUGCCAACGUCUCUCGAUAGUUGUUUUGCAAGAAGGCUACUUACAAGCUACACCAGCCAUUGUUGGUAUUGACAUGAUGCAGAUAUCGUUACAAAAAAGAUCCC